CUCACCAUAAUGAUUACCGAUGUGUAUGAGUGGGAUUGAAAAAUAUCUCUACUAACGCGCACUCGAGACCUGCACCAGAAAAUCGAGGGAGACAGAAAGAAAGAAAAAGAGAGAUCCGGGAGACAAUCGUCUUAUCCUUCUCGCCGCACCCUGGCCAGUGAUCUCACCGAUAUAUAACACACACGCACAGGGCAGGGGCAGCAGUUGAAGGCAACACUUGGUGUGCAGAAACGAUUGUUCUUGUUCAGAAAGUUUCCGCGGAACUCCAGACAUACUGAUCCCUCAGGCCAUUUAUGAACAGACUCGCAAUGUAGCCAACAUAGAUUAUGUCCAGCUGCAGAACGCUCUCAACAUUACUUGGGAAAACACCACAUGGAAUGACCUGAGGAAACCUCUGUACUCCGGACUCGCAGCGAUGCUUACGCUAGAAAGGUUGUCCCCAAUACCACGUGACAUGAACGCACAAGCAUCGUAUUUCGCUACUAAUUUUGCAGGAAACGCUUCUCUUUUCCGGAAGAAGAUAGCUGGCUUCGAUUCAGCUUGCGAGGUCUCUGGCCUGGACAUGGCUUUCGUCCUUGACGCUUCUGGCAGCAUUGACACAUCCGAGUACAGACAGUCUAAAAAGUUUACGUCCGACGUUCUGCGAGACUUCAACGUGGCGGCAGACUCUGUCCGCGUUGCCUUGACAACCUUCAGCAAUGGUGUAGUAGAGCGAAUUCAUUUUCUGGACUACAACACGACGGAGUCACUGCGCAAGGCUGUGGACUCCAUCGGCAAAAACAGCGGAGGGACAAACACUGCCGGCGCCCUGGACAGCCUCAGAACUAACACCUUCACAAAGAAGGUGUUGGAGGCGGUAUCGACGAGGGUGAACUCAAGAGUAUCGCCUCUCCCCCCGUGUGUACUCACGUCCGGAUGAUUUCCGAUUUCUCCGAGCUCACCUCCAUCGUCUCUGACAUCAAAGAGACAGCCUGCAAAACUAAGGUUAUUCAAGAGACCAACACCACUAACGUGUACAAAUGUGCGGGACAGAGAAUCAUCAAGAUACAACUGAGCAAAGAGACUUCCAUUGUGACCCGACCCGAGCUGGGAGAUGUGAAACUCUUCGGCUCCUUCAAGAUCACAGAACCCAACUCCGCUUAUGCAGACUUUUCCGGCGAGGCUGGAGAUGGGAAGCCUACAGUGAUCUACCUUAAGGACUACACCGAGCCGCUCUAUCUCAGCAUCAUCUCUGAGGAGACCAAUGAGAAGGAUUGUAACAGCACCUUCUUGGUCAAAAUCCUGGACAAAAACGCUCUUAUAAAGACAGGUGCUUCCAAUCUGUGUGUCAAGGACGGGCAGCUUCAGGAAUGCUCCGACAUUGACUACGUGAAGAGUGGAGCCUACGAGAAGGUCAAUGCAACUGACAGCCCCACAGCUGUGUGCAAGGGCGGGGCCACAGGUUACCACGCCCACCCGAACACGCCCACAAAAUACGUGUACUGCGCUGCAGGAGGCGAGGCCUAUGUCGUGCAGUGUCCAAAAGGCUUCGCUUACCUCCCGUCACAGAAAGACUGCAUCGCUCCGGCCUCAGAGAAUGGUCAAGAGAUGUGCCAAGUGUGCAGCACCGACAAUUGGGAGCUAGGACUUCGGAAUUUCCCGCUGGUCUCCAACGUGAGACGAUACGUUCACUGCAGCGGUGUGAAUGACUGCCAGGUUAAGAAUUGUGGCGACAACUCAAAGUACUUGCCCGGUCGCCUAUUUCGUGCGUGCAUAGACCACAGAGGAUUGUUAGACCUUCUCGGCCCAUGUUCCAUCUGGCAACUAUUCAGAAAACUGAUAAGGGAAGAGUGCUGACAAAAUUAUUUGCUUCACGGAUUCAAGCCUUACUGAAAUAGAUACAGCACGCUUAAAUAGGUGAAGUGUUUUACAGUUUAGAAGUAUGAACAUAAUAAAAAGCAUUUUAUACUUAAGAAUAUGGGAUCAAUAGAAAAUCGACAAAUUUGACCCUAGUGUCGAUUUUUGGCCAAUAUCUCCAUUAAUUUUGUGGAUUGCAUUUUGUCAGCAUGCCUCACAUACUAUGUUGACGCUUUAUUUCAUUGACAAUGUUCUAUUUUUUAGAAUAAUUAAUGUCUACUUUUGUAUUCCGAACGAAGCCUUUCUCUACACAAUUUCAAUUCAUGCUCCAAUAAUUGACUGCCCUCUAAUUGUACAGUAUUUAAUGCAGUAAUAUGUAUCAUUAACAGACAAGCAAACAAACAGACAAACAAACAAUUAACAAAUAAGCAAGAAAGCAAACAUACAAACAAACAAACAAAACCAUGUUCAUAUUUGCUCUGACUUUGGUAAUUCGAGUGGGCUUUCUUUUAAUUGUAAGAACUCUAUGUCAUCAACCAAACAAACUAACAAACUAUCAAAUAAACACGCAUGCACGCAAAACAAACAAACAAAUAAACAAACAAAUAAAA